AUGCCUGACACAAGCAGGAACUCCUGUCGAGAUUACGUGCCCGUUGGCAUGGAAGAGUACGAAGACGACGACGGCAAUUUUGGCUGGAGUCGUCCAGUGGACAUUGAUUUUGCCAUGAUGCUAUCGGGGAUACCAAUUCUUGACGGCGCGUUGGAAGGCAGGCCUUUGUCAGAAACAACGACAGGCCACCAAGACGCGCUGGCCAUGUUCGAGACGUACGGAGUUCCACGGCCGGAAGGGCUAAUCUUGAAUCGGAACCGGACUCCUCGAGCUUCUCACGACGAAACUCUUCAGCUCUGUCAUUCUUGCGGAGAAAUCCUCCCGUUCGAGCAAAAGUGUGUGCGCUGUGGGCACGAUUUCUGCUAUAAAUGCGCCUCGGAACAGUUGCCAAAAGACCAUGGAAGCCUCAAGGAUGGUGCUGUCGACCGCAUUGGCAAACCUUUCUCCGACGAGGCAGCAAAAACGAGAGAGGUUACUACAACACCCCUUUUCGGUCCCACGGCAGAUCCCGAGACGCCGAAUCGCGGACCCGUGACGGGCAAUCCCUUUUUCCUGGCUGAUAGAUUUGCAAAGGCUACGUGGUCAGCACCACAGACCAAGAAAACAACUGGUGGCCGUGGUCAACGAGCAAGACGGCUUUCGGAUUGCGUACCUGGUCGUCAUCUCGCGGACCGGCCUCCCGACGCGGUGGCCAUGGUGGAUGAUUGGAAGCGCAGUCGUCACACGGAGGGGCACAUUCUUUGCUGCGCGGCCAGCAGGGGCCAAGCUAUUGCAGCAGAUAUUCCCAGCCUGGACGCAACGGUGCAGCGUAAAAUUGAUCGUCUGCACCGUCAUACCGAGGAUCUGCGCAACUAUCCCAGAGCCAGUGGGCUAAGCCCUACGUCUCGAGAGGGAUGGAUUCCAUGGAGUCCAAAGAGCGACGCAGAACCGAGAGCGGCGACUGCCGCACCCAACGGUACAAUCCACCUGGAAACGCCGACAAAGCCGCCCCGUACCGUCCGCCUCCACAGCCCCGGGGAUGGCGUGAACAAGCCGUCCUCCAAGGUGGCCAUUAUCUAUGGUGCCGGUGCGCAAGACGCAAAAGAUGCCGUCGAGUCAGCUCUUCGGCCGGCUCCCUUGUUCGAUCUUGGGCCAAACCCAAAGGACCACCACCAUGAAGCCUCGCUAUCGCCAAGCUCGGGCGAAGCAGGGUCUGACGGAUCCAUGUCGGACGUGGGGGACGUGAGAGAGGAAGCAUCCAAGUUCGGCCCUUCACUGACGAAUGUUGAGACAAACGGAAACGUCGAAAAGCGAGGCAGUGGUAAUACAACGCCUCGGUCCCAUGGCGAUGUCGGGACCGGGAAAUGCAGCACGAGUGGAUUGCUGUCUCCCCAGAUUUCAUCGCCCUUUAUCAGCCCAAGUCAGACGGCCUCGGAGCCUUCGCAAGCAUGUGCGACUGCUCCGGAACAUGAUGUCGGAGUCGAUUUGCCAAGCAUGACGGGUUACAAGCGUCAUAGACAGGACACAUAUGUCUGUGCUAAGCCGAAAACACCCAACUCGGGACCUGAACCUUGGCCAACUUUGAGGAAAGUUGAGCGACCUGUCGAGGAAAAGAAGCCCCCGCCAACAACACCCGUUUCCCUACCAUGGGCUCGACAAGCACUGCGGCAGGUUUCGAGCAAUUGCUCGACGUCUUCCGGCAAGAAAAAGAAGGAUCAAGGCAACCUUGGAGAUGAUGUCACGCUGCCCGCGUCGAGACUCAUACCGGUCGGAACUCCUGUGUUGGAGUGGCGAGGUAAUCUCUCCAAGACGCACAACGUUGCGCCAAAGCCUUUGAACAGGAACAAUCUAUGCGAGUCUUGCAACCCCACAGACUCAAAGGAGCCUGCCACCGGCGUUGGGUCAUGCGAGCGUUGCAGCCACGGGAGCAAUUCACCCAUGCGCAUCGGCAGCGGGAACCCGGACGACGAAGACCCGUUCACGGAACCCAAGCUGAGCGUGCGGGCGAUUGAAAACUCACUGGCGUGGGACAAGGCUCAAGGAGGACCGGGCGGGCGAGGCGUCGGCAGCGACGGCAGCGAGCCCAAGUCGGCGAGCAGAAGCCGAGGAUCGAACGAGCAAGAAGGACGCAAGGAGAAGACGACUGCAGAGCCGGCUCGCUGCUGUGGCUGGAAAGAGCGGUAUUUGCGACUCCGCGACGAUGUGGUUCGUGGCAAGGACACGCUCCGACGAGACGAGGAGGGCAGCAAGGCGGGCGCCGUCCAAGAGCUGGGAAUAGAAGGGAUGACGAUUAUUGUUCACAUGAGGCACACGGAUGACUUGGUCAUUAACACGGAUCUCCACGGAUGA